AUAAAUAGCCGCCUUUGCUGGCGGCGGGCGGCGGACGGGCUGUGCACACGCUGGCCCCUGGCGCUCCCCGCGCCCCUUCCCCAGAGUGCUGACUCGGCUCCCAGGACCUCAGCACAAUGGAAGAGAAGCUGAAGAAUACCAAGAUCAUCUUUGUGGUGGGUGGGCCUGGCUCGGGGAAGGGCACCCAGUGCGAGAAGAUUGUCCAGAAGUACGGCUACACCCACCUCUCCACGGGGGACCUCCUGAGGGCCGAGGUCAGCUCAGGCUCAGCCAGGGGCAAGAUGCUGUCGGAAAUCAUGGAGAAGGGGCAGCUCGUGCCGCUGGAGACAGUGUUGGACAUGCUCCGAGAUGCCAUGGUGGCCAAAGUAAAAACUUCCAAAGGCUUCCUGAUCGAUGGUUACCCACGGGAGGUGAAGCAGGGAGAGGAGUUUGAGCAAAGGAUUGCAAAGCCCACGCUGCUGCUGUAUGUAGACGCAGGAGCUGAUACCAUGACCCAGAGGCUCCUCAAGCGUGGGGAGACCAGUGGACGUGUGGAUGACAAUGAAGAGACCAUCAAGAAGCGACUGGAAACAUACUACAAGGCCACAGAACCUGUCAUCGCCUUCUAUGAGAAACGUGGCAUCGUGCGCAAGGUCAAUGCUGAAGGCUCUGUGGAGGAUAUCUUCUCCCAGGUCUGCACCCACCUGGAUGCCCUGAAGUAGCUUCGCCUGGAGCCCCUUCCCCAGGCCAGAGCCCCGCCCCCAGCCCGGUUCUGACUCCAGGCGGUCCUGGCCCAGGCCCAGAGCCUCCACCCUACCCGGCCAGAGCACAGACAGAGGAAGCUACUUUAUCCUGUUUUCAUGGACAGCGGAGCACUAAAGGAAUUUCCAAGGACA